AUGUUGCGCACCUCGGCUUCUCACACUUCAUUCUUCGAUGCUACCGCCCCAUAUGGUGCGCCGCGGAGGAAUUAUUCGCAUUCCGAUCUACGCUCCGGCUCCUUAAGCUCCUCCCAGACCUCAUCCUACCACUCCACUCCCGCCAGCAGCCUAUCCCUGGACACCGGACUCGAAGAGAGCAGCAGCGAAGACGACGACGACGACGACGACGACGACGAAGAUGGUGGACUGUCAUUUCCCGCGUACAACACCGCGCGCUAUAAACCGAAACCGAGAGAAACCCGCGACGCACAACCUUCAAGCCCGACCCAGACCGCUCGCCCUGCCCCAACACCCGCCGAUAUAUCAGAUACUUCCCCCGCCGCCCCUACGGAUCCGCCAUUACCAAUAUCCGAAGACGAUUCCGCCGUUCGCAUCGAGCCUACACACCACGUCGACUACCUGUCGCAUGAAUGGAACGAGGAGGACAUUUGGUCCUCUUGGCGGCACAUAGUCGAACACCGAAAAGUCUACGGCGAGAGGUCGAGAUUAGAAAAUGCAUCUUGGAGAACAUGGGCCAAGUCGCAGUUCAAGCUGAGGACUGUGUCGCCCGAAACACUGAAUUGGCUGAAAGACUGUGACGUUACCUGGCUCUAUGGCCCGCUUCAACCCGCAGCUCAUCGAACGCUCUCAACACAGACUUCCGAGCCGGUCAGCCGGUUGUCAAAAUCGAACUCAUUCCUGCAGCAUAAGAAACCGAUCCUGAAAAAGCGAAGCAUGUCAGAGGUAAUGCUACAGAAUUCUCUAUCAUCUUCUUCCCUGGUCAAGCAGGCAGCAGCAGCAGUGCAGGCCCAGCAGCUUGACACUUCGACAGCUCUGGCUCGCCGACGGCAACGUCCUGUGGUCGGCCGAGCUACGUCCGAUUACAUUACCUCCUCCAUAUCCUCCAUACCUUCCAGAACCACUAGCCGUGAUCCGACCGAUUACUUUUCAUCGCGAUCUACGUCUGGCUUGCAGACGCCAGACCAUGGCGAGCGGAAACAUAUUCGCUUUGACGAAAAGGUGGAGCAGUGCAUAGCCGUCGAGUGCAAAGACGGCAUGGACGAUGACGACGACGACGACGCCAAUAAUUGGAGAAAUAAUGACGAUGACGAUUCUUCGUCCGAUGACGGCGUUGUCAUGAUGAAGCGGUCGCGGAAAAGGGCACCUCUUUCGCGAAGCGCCUCUAGAUUGAGCGUUACCGGAGAUACCAAAAUAAUAGCCAAACUACCAUCGACUACUCUCAAGUGUCGAACAGACUCCCCCGACAUCACUGAACAGCAACCCUCCCAUUCGCUCGGACUCUGGCGAUCGAGUAGAUUAUCACCUUCACCCUCCCAGGAAACGCUUCGACCAUCAAAUCCCUCCACAAACUUUCUCCUUCCCAACGACGACGGCGAUGAAGAAGAGGAGGAAGAAGACGAUGACGAGGAUGACGGCUUGUGGGAACCCGACAGGGCUUACGAAGUCAAGCGUCCAGGCACGCCAACUCCCCGAAACCCAAACGUAGAGGCGGCGGAGUCCGAAAAUGACGAACCUUCCCAGUCAGGUGGUUUGCGGAAAACCGCAUCAGGAAUGUUCAUGCCUUUUGAUGAGAUGGACGAUGAUCCCACCCCACCUGGCCUCAUCGGGAGGGUAGUGGAUACCGUCAACACUGCUCGAGAUAUUGCGCAUGUCAUAUGGAAUGUUGGGUGGAGGGGAUAG